AUGGGAUUGGACGCGAUCCAACUCGGGAUUGAGUACUCGGAGCAUGAAGAUGAGAUUAAGAUGUUACGGCAAAAAAUUGGUCAACAAGCAGGAGAAUUAGAUAUUUACGUUAACAAACUCCGAGAAUUAGAUCGACUUAUAAAGGAUUUGGAGGAAUCAAUUACAUCAACUCGAGAACGAUCCGCCAGGGAGAUGCGAGAGACCAUCGAGUUGACCACCAAUACAACUGCCGGACUUGUCGAAAAAGUAACAAUGAUGAAAAAUAGGAUUCGUGAUAAAAGCAAUAUACUCAAGCAACAUCAGCAACUGUUGACGAGAUUGCAAAAUCAAGUGGAAAUGGAAAAACAAUCGGCAAGAUUAUUGGCUAACUAUAAAACAAUGUUUGCCGCGUGUAUGAUAUCAGUACUCGUUUGGUUAAUUUUCAAAUGGCAGGCAACGAAUGUGUAA